AUGCAGGGGCUCCAGUCAUGGCCUUGCUCGUUUUUCCUCCUCUUGGUUCUGCUCUCUGCCAGCGUUCAGACUGUGUCCUUACCAGGACAGAGGCUACAGAUGCUCCUUUCACGGUUGCUGCCCCUGGAGCCCGAGUCCACACUGGCCGAAGAGGACACAAAGGAGGGGUCCAGCUUUGGGCCUCAGUUGGUCUCCUCCACCCUCCCCUUCCUCCCAUCUGGGGCUAGAGCUGCCCGUUCUUCUCUCUGGCGCAAGACCCUCGCCAGUCGCAAGUGGGCAUUGCCUGGAGAUUGGGCCUGGAAGGCCAUGCCCAGGGGCUGCUUUGGGCUGAAACUGGACCGCAUCGGGACCUUCAGUGGUUUGGGGUGUUAGAUUUGGAGGGGCUCUGAGGUGAGAGGGCCAGCAGUGAGGGGGCUCGAACAAGCGGGCAGGGACAAAGUUAAGGGGAGACUUGAACGCACAGAUAGCGAGCAGAUGGGGGCAGCGGGGCAGGCUGUGGGGCCACCACCUGCCAGCAGCCAGGGCCAGGGC